GAUCGCGGGCAGCCCGGGCGCCCUUCCGCUGCGCAUCCCGCACGAGCUACUGCGGGUCCCGCCCUCGCCCACCCAGCGCGCCCUACCUGCCCCGGGCUGCCUGCGUGCCCGCCCUGCCCGCCGCCCUCAGGUGAGCAGCCGCGCCCGCCCGCCGGGCCCGGGUAGGUGCGCGGGGAUGAGCUCACUCGCGCGCUCGGCGCCAGGAGGAGGAGCGGGAGGAGCGGGAGGAGCGGGAGCGGCUCCAACUUCCGGGUAGCGAAGCCGCACGCCACCGGCAUCUUGCUUUCCCUCCGCCUCCCGGGGGACCCCGCGCCUCGCCGUCCGUGCCGGGGCUGGCCGCCCCACCUGCGAAAAUGAACAGCUCGGACGAGGAGAAGCAACUGCAGCUCAUCUCCAGCCUCAAGGAGCAAGAGACACAGAGACAAAGAGAAUAGCACAGAAAUAUCCUUCAGUGCAAUAGGGGCUGGGCUUAAACCUUGGUGACAUUCAUCCCAGAGCAGCUCACACUAACCAGCAAUAGGCGAAUAUGAAGACCUUAGAGCUGAGAACCAGAAAACAAAGGAGAAGUGUGACAAAAUUCGACAAGAACGAGAUGAAGCUGUUAAAAAACUGGAGGAAUUUCAGAAAAUUUCUCACAUGGUUAUAGAGGAAGUUAAUUUCAUGCAGAACCAUCUUGAGAUAGAGAAGACUUGUCGAGAAAGUGCUGAGGCCUUGGCAACAAAGCUAAAUAAAGAAAACAAAACAUUGAAGAGAAUCAGCAUGUUAUACAUGGCCAAGCUGGGACCAGAUGUAAUAACUGAAGAAAUAAACAUCGAUGAGGAAGAUUCGGUGACAGACCCGGAUGGUGCCAGUGAGACUUGUGUGUCUGUGCAGUGUCAGAAACAAAUCAAAGAGCUUCGAGAUCAGAUUGUAUCUGUUCAGGAGGAGAAGAAGGUAUUAGCCAUUGAACUGGAGAACCUCAAGGGCAAACUUGCAGAAGUUAUUGAAGAAGUAAACAAAGUCAAACAAGAAAAAACUGUUUUAAAUUCUGAAGUUCUGGAACAGAGGAAAGUCUUAGAGAAGUGCAACAGAGUGUCCAUGCUGGCUGUUGAAGAGUAUGAGGAAAUACAAGUGAACCUGGAGCUGGAGAAGGAGCUUCGGAAGAAAGCAGAAUCAUUUGCACAAGAGAUGUUUAUAGAACAGAACAAGCUGAAGAGACAAAGCCACCUUCUGCUACAAAGCUCUGUUCCAGACCAGCAGCUUUUGAAAGCUUUAGAGGAAAAUGCAAAACUCACUCAGCUCCUUGAAGAAGAGAGACUUCAGCAUCAACAAAAGGUCAAAAAUUUAGAAGAGCAACUAGAAAGUGAAACACUCAACAAAGAGAUAAAUAAUCUGAAACAGCAGCUGGAACUUUUAGAGGAAGAUAAAAAGGACUUGGAAUUGAAGUGUCAGACUUCUGAGGAGAAAGCCAGAAAUUUAAAGCAUUCCGUUGAUGAGCUUCAGAAACGGGUGAACCAGUCUGAGAAUUCAGUGCCUCCUCCACCUCCUCCACCUCCACCACUUCCCCCUCCGCCACCCAACCCUAUCAGGUCCCUCAUGUCCAUGAUCCGGAAGCGAUCCCACACCAGCGGCACCGGUGCUAAGAAAGAAAAGGCAGCCCAGCCAGAGACAACUGAGGAAGUCACAGAUCUGAAGAGGCAAGCAGUUGAGGAGAUGAUGGACAGAAUUAAAAAGGGAGUUCACCUGAGACCAGUUAAUCAGACAGCCAGACCCAAGGCAAAGCCAGAAUCUUCAAAAGGUCCUGACAGUGCCGUAAAUGAACUAAAAGGAAUCCUGGGGACACUUAACAAAUCCACUAGUUCCAGAAGCUUAAAAUCCCUUGAGUCUGAAAACACUGAAACUGAGUUAGAAAGGAUUUUGCGCCGCAGAAAGGUGACAGCAGAAGCAGAUAGCAGUAGUCCAACCCGGAUAUUAGCCACCUCAGAGUCCAAAUCCAUGCCAGUGUUGGGUUUUAUAUCUAGUGUAACAAAAACAACCUUGAACAAGAAAACUCUGGAGGCAGAAUCCAACAGCCCAUCCCCCCCAACACCUGAGCCAGGUGAAGGGCCGUACAAAUUGGAAGGAUGCACACGUUCCAAGGUUACAUUUCAGCCUCCCAGUAACACUGGAUGCAGGGAAGAAUCCACUAGCAACGGGAAACCUGCUGAACCAGUUGUAGUUUUAGAUCCGGUUUCUGCACACGAACCGCAAACCAAAGACCAGGUGGCUGAAAAAGAUCCAGCUCAGCGCAAGGAGGAUGAAGGCAAAAUCAACCCAGAUUACAAAGAAGCAAGCACUGAAAAAACCAGAGACACAGACAGUUCCAACUGCUGAUCCGGCAGCCAGAAGACUGAUACGUUCAAAAUUCCUUUUCAAUAAGUACAUGGUUGGGUCUGUGUUGGCAAGGGCUGUAGACAUUCUGUUCUUGUCUCUGAAUUCAGAAUGCAGGUAGUUUUCUGCUGUCACUUUCCUAAGUCAUUCCCCUAUAAACAUAAUUAGCUGUUUAUCAAAGCACAUGAUCUUAGUUGUUCUUGUUUUUUAUCUUUAUAAGAAUAAGAUUCUUUUUCAUAGUGGCUGUACUAAGUGUGACUUCCUUUAGAAGGUUACGGGACAUUCAGAUGAAGAUCCCUUUUUCAGUAAUACACAUGCCAUUCGUCAAAUACAAAUUGCUCAGAGUCUGCAGCACUUGGAGGUAAUAGGGUGAACUGAACUGACCACCUUAAGGUAAUUCAACAAGCUCCCGAAGAAGUUUCUGUUUGGGGUCUGACCCUCUUUUAGUAAAGACUGCAAUUGCACAGGAAUUGUUAGGCACUGAAGCAAACACAUUACUUUCUUGCAUAUAGUGAGAUGGGAUGAGAUUUAAAAAAAAAACAGCAGUAGCUCUGGAGUUGGGCCAGGAACGUAGUUAGAACAGCAUUAGAACAUGUACCUAAGAUGUGUGGGACCCCAGUUCUAUCCCUGGCAGCACAUAAACAGAUUAACAACUUCAGGAGUGGUCAUCAAAUCUGUAGCCUCAUGGUCAAUGUUAACGACACUGUUAAUUACAUUCAUUAUCAGCUCUGGGAUGGAAAAUGUGUAUAAUUAUGUCCAAAACCUCCCAGGGAGUUCGGUGGGAGUGCUCUGAAUGUAGAAUUGAGAUGGAAGUUUCAAUUCAGGUUGCCCAGACCUUGAAUUUAGAAGAAUUAUCUUGGUAAAAACCAGUUGCUCUGGACUAUGAGUUAAUUAUGUUUUCUCACCAUUAAUAAUGUCGCACAGGCACCAUAUUUUGUCACAGUUCUUAUGUACAGUGAAGACAGGUGACAAGCACACAAUUUUCUUGCUUCACUGCCGUUCAAGAUUUACACAGGUUUGUUGUGAUUAUUUUUUUUUCUCUUUGAAGAAAUUAAGUGGUAGUCUCUUAAAAUACAAUGUUUCAGGCUACCACUGUGAAUAAAUAGAAACGUAAUCAGGGAUUUUUUUUUAAAAAAAGAACUUAUGCAGCUUUUCAAAGUUGAUUGUUUCAAAAUUGGUGUUUAUUGAAAAUAAGUGGUAAUGUACUUGAAUUCACUUUUUUUAUGACAAUGACUCGGUAAUGGUAAUUUUACUAUUAAAGAAAGUGAAAGGUUUAGUUUUGUUAGCAUGACUCAGCAUGUAGCUGUCAGGUGGUUCUCACCUAAGAGCAAGAGAAAAUGAUAGUCAUAAUUGCAGUUGUAUUGUGUUUUAUUUUGCACGUGUGCUAAGCAUAGGCUUGAAGAAGUGGGUAGGCAGGUAAAUGUACUUCCUAAAUUUGGAGAUAAUUAUCUUUCCGUAGGUUCAUUAUGCUUGACUGUUUUCAUGUUCUUCCGGUGAUAAUUUUAUGGUAAACUUACCCAUUUACUCAUGGGGAAUUACAAUGUAAAUGUUUUCCAACUGUAAUUUUCCCUAAUUGAGUAAUACUACUGUGUCAUAUACUAACUAUAAACUGCAUUAAUUCGCUUACCUCAGUUGUUAUGCUGUGAUUUGAACUCCUCUCCCCACACUUAUUAAAAAGCAUCAACAGCUCCCCACUAAGGGUCAGUUGUGGUUCUUGAGAUUUUUGGUUUAGUUCCUGAGUCUUUAAUGAAACUCUAGAAGAAAU